GUGCCUUGCAAGCAUCUUAAGGAGCAAGAAUCACCCAGUAAAUUAGUUCCUAAAUUAUUAUGUCGUCAUCACCACCAAGAUAUUUGUAAUGCCACCGAUUGCUGCACAAAAUGCGUGAAUCGCACUCAUAUUAAUUUGUGCAAGUCAGUUGUUCAAUUAUUUCUUAUCGAUGUGCCAAUACAAUUUGGGAAUAAAACACUUGGGAAAUGGUUUGAUUGAGGUGAAUCUGGACUUUUGAUCUCAUUUGUCAUCUGGCAAGCAGGCUCCAUUUCGUUAUCACCUGGAGAAAAUGACACUGAAAAUUUGCAUAAUUGGGGCUGGUUUCUCCGGUAUUGCGGCCGGGAUUCAGUUGAAGAAACAGCUUAAUAUUGAGGAUUAUGUCAUCUUUGAUGAAAACGAGGAUGUCGGUGGGACCUGGCUGGUCAAUAAGUAUCCCGGGUGUGCCUGCGACGUGGGGUCACAUUUGUACAGCUACAGCUUCGAACCAAAUCCAGAUUGGUCAUGGGCGUACUCUCCACAAGCCGAAAUUUGGCGAUAUAUUCAAAGCGUGGCGAAAAAGCAUGACCUUUACAAAAAUAUAAAAUUUGGACAUAAAGUAAACAAAGCCUCAUGGGACGAAACGAUCAACAAGUGGAGGGUCGUGGUCACAAAUUCCGCCACAAAUGAUGAGGCCGAGCUUAUCUUCGACGUAGUAAUAACUGGAAUCGGCGGGUUUCGGGUGCCCCACACACCGGAAGAAUUUAAGGCCUUUACAGGACCCCGCAUUCACUCGGCGAGGUGGGACACCAGCGUAAAAUUGGAGGAUAAGACGGUCGCCGUGAUCGGCAGUGGGGCCAGCGCGGUCCAAAUCAUUCCGAAUAUUGUGAAGAAAGUUAAGAAACUUAUCGUCUACCAAAGACAUCCCGCUUGGGUCCUGCCGCGGAUGCAGUUCCAAAUGCCGGACUGGCUCAAGUGGGCGUUCGCCUCGGUCCCGGGCUUGCGCGAGAUGUACCGCUCAUUCAUCUUUUGGUCGAACGAACUCAUCCACCCAACAUUCAUUCAAGGAAGCCUGAUGCAAAAGCUGGGCGCCAAACUUGGUGAUCAUUACUUAAACCGGAAAUUUGCCGAUAAUCCAGCCCUGUUGGAAAAAGUGAGGCCAAAUUACGAGCUCGGGUGCAAAAGGAUCACACCCUCGAACGAGUAUUAUCCAGCCCUUGCUCAUCCAAAUGUUGAAGUUGUGCGGGAUAAAAUCACAAAAGUCGGGACGAAUUCAAUCACCACGGAAAACGGGGAUGAGAAAAAGAUUGAUGUUUUGAUUUUGGCGACAGGAUUCAAAGUCCAGGAGUUCUUUUCCCCGUUGGAAAUUCGUGUUAAGGGUGGCAUGGAUUUGAUGGAGCUUUGGAGGGAGAAAGGACCCACGGCUUACAUGGGAAUCUGCACUUCCGUCGCGCCCAACUGGUUCAUGCUUUUGGGCCCAAACACUGGCAUUGAUCACAGCUCGGGAAUUUUUACGAUCGAGUGCCAACUAAACUACAUCCUUCAAGUGAUCAGAGAAAUGAUUGAACGUGACUCGAAGGUCGUCUGCGUCAAGGAGUUCAUCGAGCAGGGCUACAUGGCCGACAUGAUGGCGGAUAUGAAGCCCAUGGUUUGGGGGACGGGGUGUGCUUCGUAUUACGUCAAUUACCGCGGGGUCGUCACAGCCCUCAGCCCAUACUCCCUUAUCAGUUGCUGGAGACAUACGCGCACAUUGAAUGAAAACGAUUUCAAUUUCAAUUGAUUUUGAGAAAUUUUUAUUUUUUGGAGAGAAUUAUUGGAAAUUAAGAAACAUUGAUAGGUAUCGGAUAUUUACACAUGUUUACGAAAUAUGUUCUAGCGAGUUACACAGAAAGGAAUAAAAUGUUCAUGCAAAUAACA